AUGGGUGGAGCUAUCUACAAGGAUAGCGCUGCUGUUCAUUACGAAGAGCACAACAUUUACUUAAACUCCAUACAAACGUUUGGAAGGUAAGCUUAAACUUAGUGAGAAAUCCAGGCUAGCAGGCUGCAGUUUCUAAGAACCUGGGAGCGAGGUUGCAAUACCAUAUCACCCCGAUCAGCGUGAAAAAUUGCGAAAAAAAGUCAAUGUAAUAAGUUCUUCUUGUGCUUUGACUCGCAAUCAUCGUCGUAUGAAAUCAUGCUUAUGUGUCCUUUGAGUUAGGCUGAGAUCAAAGUUAUAGGCGUCUUUAGAGGUGACUGAGAAUGAAACAUAAAAGAUGUUCACGUUCGGAACUUGAUGUCAAUUGAAAUUCCUCUUGUUCUUAGGGUCGAACCGACGCGCCCGAUAACUAUCCAUCAAAAGGCACUGUUUUGUCUCUGGUUAUCCAUCAUCUUUCUGUGGGUUAUGCUUAAAACCAAGCGUUACAUUCUGAAGUGGCGAGACAAGAGAAAAGCUAAUGAAGAGGAAGAUAAAGAGGCAGAGGGAGACGAAAAGGGUAGCUGAAAAUACCACAUGAUUUAAUGUAAAAACCUUUUCAUUAGCAUACCGCAGUGAAAUGGUUACGCUAGGAAACUAAGCUAAAGGGUUGCGUUACUUUUCGUCCAAAUAUGUCACGCAACUUUCACUAGCAUCCGCAACUUCACCACGUGACAAUUAAAAAACACUAUUAGUAAGUUCAGUUCUGUGUUUCAAUUGGAAAAAUUCGUUCUUCCUCAAUGCUCCCUGUCACUUGUUUCAAAUUUGAACCGAUGCCCUCGUAAUCUAUUAGACAGAGAUUAUGUACCUCCUUUCCCUCAAAUCUUAUGUUCUUGACAUGUAUUGACCUCAACACAAUGGCUAAUUGACCCACGCGCAAGAGAUAAUCCGUGUUGUUUAGAAUUGAGUAUUUCAGCGCCAUGGUAACGUGAAGUCACGCUUUAGAACUCUAUUGUUGAGCGAUUUAGAUGAAACUAGAUAGUAACUUACGAUUUGUUUCUCGUGUUUUUAGCGAAGGAAAAUGUCUUGAUAUCAUUGUAUCCAGUUUCCAAAUCACGUAAGUACAAUGACGCUGGAGUCUUCAGUUUAGAUAAUGUUUGCUUUAGUGGUGGAAAUUGUUAGUUACCAAUAGUUAAUAAUUAAUAAAUAAUAGUAAACAACCCCCAUUCCCAGAGUCCUCUCUCUUCCUCCCUCGAGGGAAGAAGAGAGUGGACACUGGGAACUAAAAGAGGAUCCUCGUUUCCAGGGUCCUCUCUCUUCCUUCCUCGAGGGAGGAAGAGCGUGGACACUGGGAACGAGGUUGCAGUUGCGUAGCUGGCAUUGAGGGUUUUUUGAGCAGUGCAGCUACGAAAAAAAAAAGCAGUAGGUUAGGGGAAAUAAUUUUUUGCGGUCGCCUGCAUACAGAGAACGAUGAUAACAUGCAUCCCAAAUAUCAUCAUCGCUUUCAAAAGCUUUCAGCGGGUCUAUCGCGGGAGUGGCAACAUCUGCCGCACCCGAAUCACCGCCAUAAUACGGGCAGCCCAAGGGCGUGUGUUAUGGGUAGACAGGAGGGAAAGGAGGUCUCGCCCUCUUUCCCCCCAUCCCCUCUUCCUCCCCGUAGUUCCGUACCGCGCGCACGGCGAUAAAAGACUGGGAAAUGAUAAGUCGACAAAAUGAUGAUCUUGUAAAGCGAGACCUACCCCUAAAAGUACUUUGGUGGAUAGCCCUUACACCAGGAGGAGCAUUUCAACUUUUUAAUACCCUCUGCUUACAAUAUAUAGGUUAUUAAAUCACAGGCAAAGUGAAAAAAAACCCACGUCGUAUGAAUCGAGCUAACUGUGGGUCAUUUGAAGUCGACUUUAAUUCUCGUUUUAGCUUCAGUAUCACGAUUUGGCCGCGGCGACGCAACAGAGGCGGGGCAAAGCAACCGAGGAAUAUUUGAGAAACUUCUAGAGACAGACCCGGAUCAGCCAUCUUUCGAAGAUUUUUUAGCAAAAGCUGUGAUUUUUGGAGUGAUUAUGCUUUAUUUCUGGCUGUGCGACUAUCAACAUAUCUGGUAAGGGAACUGGAGAUGGAUAAAAUUGUUUACAUUUUUCCCUACCACAGGUUCUUCAAGUGUUCAUUAGUACAGUAGUUGGAUUUUCACGAGCGUCACAAACGACUCCAGAUUCAUUGCGUGAAUGCAAGCUACGUUUGUUUUGUAACAAGGAAGUGACAUUUGUUUGAAUGUCAACAGCAGUUACUGGCAUUUACUAUUUCAUCGGGGUUUGGAUUCGGUCUUACUGCGAGCAACAAUUGCGGAAAAUAAAUCAUGAUACAACGAAAACAAAACAAACAAAUAAACAUGAAGAAAGAAAACACUAGCGAUUUACUACUUGACCUGAUAUCGUGACUAGUUCGCGUGGUUAAAACGUAAACAUUAGGCUACACUGUUAGCCAAACUAAACAGAUUUAAAAAAAAGGGCCUUCUCAGUAACAGCUCCUAGGCCGAGAGUUAAUGGUUACAUUUACGAUUCUAAGAUCAGAUAAUCAAUGUGGGCAAAAAGUGGGUCAGCACUACUUUAAAGGUAUUACUUGCCAUUUUUGUUUUAUACUGAGAGUAGCCCGUUUCCCAGGGAAAUAAACAUUGAAAACCUUUAAAUUUGUUUAUCCUUUCAGGCCAAAGACUCAAAAGCAGUAUUCCAGAGACAUGUUCACAUUUUUGUUCGCCCUUCUAGUCAUCGUCGCCUUCGUUUACACUAUUCGAAAAACACCUGAAAAGCUUGUCAACAGAGAUCAAACAGAAGAGUGGAAAGGAUGGAUGCAGGUCAGUGAAUCUUGCAAUCAUGAAAUCCUUUCCUAUGACGCACUGUGUGUAUUGCCUCGAUGAAAACUUUUAAUUGGCGUGCGAGAAAUGAGUAUAAACGAGUGUCAGUUUGGCUGAUGCUAAAAACAACGACAUAGGUAAAUUAAUGAAAGCCUAAGCUGAAACUGCAAAGCAAGCGGAGGUCUAUGCAAUACGCUACACCAUAAUAUUUUUUUUUUUGCUUUGCCAGAACUGAUUCUAACUCCUCGCUGAAAACGGUCUUGUCUUGUCUAGUCUUGUCAUUGUACCCUAAAAAUUGCCGACUCUGCCUAGAACAAAACAUACUGAACCCGGCUAGCGGGUUUUAAUUAGAGAACACGAUUCUGAUUCCGAGCCGCAUCAAAAGAACACCGCAGAGAAAUAAUUGCUAUUAAUCACAUAUUUUGUUGUACGUGUCGUGGUUGCAGGUGCAGUUUGUGUGGUAUCACUAUUUUGAUGCUCAAGAAGUGUUCAAUUCCAUAAGAUGUUACAUUGCUGCCUACGUAUGGAUGACAGGAUUUGGUAAAAAAGAAUCUUUCUUUUUUUCGACCAUCUAAUUUCCGAGCUCUUCACCAUAUUUCUUAUAGGAAUAGAUUUAUAUUUUCUUUUGACCUCAGGUAAUUUCUCGUAUUUCUGGAUAAAGAAGGACUACUCUCUGUUCCGCUUGUUAAGGAUGAUGUUUCGUCUCAACUUUUUGGUUUUCAUGGUGAUGGCUGUCACCAACAACGAGUUCGUCCGCUAUUACGUGUGUGCCAUGCACACCUAUUGGUUCAUCACAGUUUACGUCAUGAUGGCGGUGUUCAAGUCUUACAAUAAGGUGAGUAGCUGAGGUUGCAAACGACAGAGCCCAUAUAUGGACAAGAGUUGCGAUCCAUCAUUGUAUUCCUCUCCAUUGAAAUUGAGUAAAAACUCCUUUCUCGUGAGUUAAAUACGGACCGAUGCCCAGCCAGAUAAUUAAAAACUAUUCACCUCAGUGGAGGUCGCCAGUGGUGGAUAUUUACCCAGCCGAGAAGCGGCGAUACAAAUAUCCACCGCUAGCCAACGACACUGAGGUGAAUAGCUGUUUUAAUAAAUACUAAGACAGUGGGAUAAUAUAACACAAAAAGAUGAUUUUCACUCAUUAGACCUGCAACGAUUAUAUUAUUUUCCGGCACAAAUCCCGCGGGAGUUGCUCGGAGGCGAAUAGCAAAGGAUGUUCGGAGUGGAGCGCGCCUUCAACGCUAUCCACAGCUUAAGUAUAUACGGAGUGAAUUUGGUAGUAAUCGUGAAUAUAGAUGCAAUAAUAUUAUGAAGAAUUAUGAAGAUAACAACAUGCCUGAUCUCAUCAUGAUUUUGAUUGAGCACUGAUCCUACGCUGUUUUUCUUCACAGAAUCGUUACUUCAUGGCAGCUAAAUUUGCAAUCUACCUGGUUAUAAACUUAUUGAUAUUCGAUAUACCCGGGGCUUCGUACAUAGUGUUUUGGCCUUUCCAGUUUAUCUUAAAUGUCAAAGGCACUCUGAGAUACUGGGUCUAUCGCUCCACGUAAGUACAUAUCUCUAGAGACGUGUCCCUUGUUUCUGAUUAGCGAUGUAAUUAAAGCGGCGAAGCCUGCAAGUUUCGAACUGGCGAGCGACGCGGAAGAGCCAGAGGUCUGCGGAGAUCCCAGCAUCUUGCGCGCUUCCUCGCUCGAACCACUACGCUAAUAAAAUCGGGCUGGUAAGAUAUCCUCUUAUCCUCCUUCUACUGUUGAUGUUGUUAAAUUGACCUUGAAGCCUCGAGGACUUUUUGCGACGUUUUAUUAUUAGCCGUAUCACCGUGUUGAGGUUGUUUUGGCCGAUUAAACGUACAUCUCUUUUCCAAAGGGUUUUCCGCAAUUGCUUAAGGACGGUGAAGACUAGUACAAAAUAGUCUUGUAAGAGAAGAACUCUUUGAUUCGAAUCCUUUCGUUCACGCAACGAACCUGUUGCGUGAAAACGUUUUUUUAGUGAACAAAGAGCAAUCCAAAUUUCUUAUUGAUAUUCCACUCCUAAAAUUAAGGAUACCAAACUAUCUAAAGCACCAUGCCCUCUUUCAGGUUGGACCACUGUGUCACAUGGGUGGGAAUGCUGUGCGCGUAUAACUACCCGUACAUUGAACAGUUCCUUAAAUACUUGGAAAAAAAGCACGAAAAUCGCCGAGGGGACCACCUGGCCUUGCUUCUUAAAGUGUGGAUCACUUUAGCGUUGUUUGGCGUGCUGUUGUUAUGGUUUCAUUUCGUUUUGAUGCAGGAAAGACAAUACUACAUGACCAUUCACCCUUUCACCUCGUGGAUUGUAAUUGUCAUCUACUUGUGGUUCAGAAACUUGCACCCAGUCCUCCGCUCGCAUUACCUGGGCUUGUUUAGUUGGCUCGGUAAAAUCACCCUGGAGACGUAUCUGUCUCAGAUUCACAUCUACAUGAUCGGCAACGCACAACAACUGCUGAUUUACAUCCCGAGUUAUCCCAUGUUGAACUUCAUGCUGGCGAGUGUGAUUUAUGUCGCUGUGUCGUAUGUCCUCUUUAAUCAGACCUUGUUUUUCAACACUUACAUAUUUCCCAAGAAUAUGGGAAUUAUUUGUAAGAAUGUUAUUGUAGGUUCAAUAUGGCUGGGGCUUUGUUAUGCACUUUCCUUUAUAAUUAAUCUCGCAGGUUUGUGGUAA